AUUUUUGACUGGAUCCGACGGGUGGAGAUGAAAAGCAAACGGACAGACGCAAGUUAGAGUUUGUAUUGCGACUGAGUAUGCUAGGAAAUCGAAGUCAGAGCAGAGCUCGUCUGAACAUCGGUAAUUACAAGAUCGAUGUCAAGGCAGUAUCAGUAAACCAAUAAUUUUUUCAUCCAUGACAUCUACAUCAAACAUAUCAAUCUGAUGCCAAGCACUGCAAUUCGCGGGACUGUGACAUACACGAAGGAGUUUCUGCCAAGAUAGAAAGAGCGAGCUUCUAACAAGCUCGUUUUUCCUGUUACCAGAGGCACGCUGUUUUGCUCAGCACGCACUUACAUUUCUGGACUAUUCUCCUAAAGGCAGAAGAAGCACGAUCAUGCCGGAGUUGGUGAUUUCUCCCACCGCUGACGGCGCAACGCUGUCAAAAGGGAUAGUUGUAAACACGGAGGAUGACUUUGAAGACAUAUUAAGGGUUGAGACAUUUCAUUUUUACAAGUCUUCUGUACUUGAGAUUGCUACUAAAAAAUGAAAUGUUUCAACCUUUAAACGUAGUGGAUGACCACGAUGAUCUGGGCUGCGGGAGUGAUGAUGAUUUUUGCAUUGAAGGCGAUGCUUCAGAAGGUGCAUUCGACGAGAUCGUCGGUGCUCUAGAAGACAUCGUCAUCGGCGAUCCAUUCCAGAAACUCAUGAAAGAAUUCUGUACCUGCUACAAAUCCUUAUUUGAUUCUUUUCGUAGUCCCGCAAGAAAAUAGUGAUUUGUCGUACAUGAUAGAUUAUGGAGUUGGAGAUGAAUCAGACUUUCUUUGAGACGUUUUUGGAAAAGUCUACGAUGUUUUAAGCAGUGGGCGACUAAUCGAUUACUUCCUACUUAAAUUCUACAACCGAAGUACAACCUUCAUUUUCCAUCUCCACCAACAGCUGACACACAUUGCGGAACAUUCGAAGACACCGAGGAAAAUAAACUGGAGUACAUGGACAUUUUCUCCAAAUGGACUACGAGCAUAGAGGGCUUUCUGGAAAAGAAUUUGAAGUUAAGGCACAGGAUGACUCAUUUUUUUUCACAGGGUCUUAUUCUUUUUCUUUCUUUCCUACGUAGAAUUCAAGUGAGAAACUGAAGAGCCAAACCCAAAGAAAUGAGAUAUUUUGAUCUCUAACGAAGUUCGCAAUUCCAGGUUUUGUUAUGAAAGAUUUCAUCGAAAUGCUGUCGGAGCGGAAAAACAUAGAAGAAGAAAUCGUCGAAGAGGUAGAAGCAAAGUCUUUUUACGAAGGACCCAGAAAUUGCGGAUUUACAAUAAGUAUCCUCUGAGAAGAAUGAAAGAUUCAGAUCGGAGGUAGAAGACUCACUGGCUUCUGAAGCGAAAGCCCAGACCUCCUUCUUAUUACAUUGAUGAUUACACCCCAGGUUCUCGAGCUGCUACUUUCGGUGAACGAUUUUGAAACUUUUAAGCAGAUGAUGCUGACACAUAAAAAGAGCAGGCCAAGGGCGGCAAGUCUGGCAGUAUCAGGAAGAGGCGCUCGCAUUUACAAGGACGAGGAGGAGGACGGGACGCAUCAGCCUGACCUCGAUUUUGCAAUUUGCGGCACCAAAAAAUGAGUUGUUCGCUAGAUCAGUCAUUGUAGAGUGUGUGUUUACAUUGAUAAGGGGAGUACUAAGGCUAGGCGCAUCUUCAUUUCUUAUAUAGCUUUGGAGAUUUUUUUGACAUUUUAUACAUCAGGAUCGAUUGCACGACACAUCAAACAGGGUAUCGACAUCGAGUGGCUGCAUAGUAGUACACAUGCAUUAAUCAUGCUGAUCGAACUACAGUGUGGGACUCUAUCGACGUGCAACAUACCUAUUCUCCAUACCGUUUGCGAAAUGACUGGAAAGACAUCGCUUCUCGGCUGAGCUCUGAUGGUGUACAAGAACAGGCACAGGUCUUCUUAAAGUAGAUUGCGACUGCCGAAACCGAGCCACC